AAACAGAGAUCAGGGCCCAGCCUCUGUUCGCCUUCUCUGAUCGCUUGCUGCAACCUUUCCUGUUUGAGCAAGAAAUAAAACUGCCUUUAGCGGAGAAUUCUUGGGUGACACUCGUCAUUGCUGGUCAUCAUGUCUUCUAUUAAAAUCGAGACUGUUGUGAAGCAGAAGAACAGGAUGGGGGAGUGCCCUACGUGGGAAGAAAGGGAGAAUUCCCUUGUAUACGUAGACAUCAAUUCACAGAAAGUUUGCCGCUGGAACUCAGUCACCAACGAAGUUCAGUGUGUCUCUGUGGACGCUCGUGUUGGCUCAGUAGCCCUUCGCAAGUGUGGUGGCUACGUGAUCGCUUUAGGAAGAAAGUUUGCUUUCUUGAACUGGGAAGAUCAAGUAGUCACUGAUAUUUAUGAAGUGGAACAGGAUAAACCAAACAACCGAUUCAAUGAUGGAAAAGUAGACCCAAGGGGUUCUUUUUAUGCAGGUACCAUGGCCGAAGAGACAGCACCUGGAGUCAGAGCAAGGCAGCAGGGGGCUCUUUAUACUCUUUUCCCUGAUUGUGGUGUCGUGAAGCAGUUAGAGAAGGUGGACAUCUCCAAUGGGCUGGAUUGGUCACUUGAUCACAGGACCUUCUUUUACAUCGAUAGCCUGGCCUAUGCCGUGCAAGCCUUCGACUAUGACAUGCGAACAGGAAUGAUUGAUUGUUGCAGUUGCAGGCCUGUGUACAAGCUGGAGAAAGAGGAGGCGAUGCCUGAUGGGAUGUGCAUCGAUAGAGAAGGGAAACUCUGGGUGGCCUGUAUUGAUGGUGGACGAGUGAUCCGCAUCGACCCUGAAGCAGGAAAAAGAAUUCAGACUGUCAAGAUGCCUGCUUCCAGGAUCACAUCUUGUUGCUUUGGAGGGAAAGACUAUUCAGAAAUGUAUGUCACUUCGGCCUACGAUGGACUGGAUAGCGAUGCACUAGCCAAGGAACACCAGGCUGGGGAAAUUUUCAAGAUAACAGGACUGGGUGUGAAAGGCAUCCCACAGAACUACUUCACUGGUUAAAUAUUCAUAUGUGCUCGAUAUUCAACCCAGCCAGAAGCCAUGGUGGACAACAAGAGAAGCAUGAAUUUCAAACCUGUAUGCUUAUCUGAAGACUACUUAUAUAUCCUUUAUGUACUGUAAUGUUCCAUAACUGGUUUUCCCCCCCUUCUCCAUAUGUUUGUUUUUAUGUUUUCCCCCCAAAUAGGACAAAUGGCAGCUUAGGACUGUAUGUGAACGUUAGGAUUUUCAGUGGUUCCCCAUCAAGCAAGGAUCAACUUCCUCUAUUAAUUCUUUGUACAAGCAGAGAGCAGUUUGUAGCAUCUGCUUGCCAAAAGGUCACAUUCGCUUUCCAGUAGCAAUUUCCAUUUUAAUUCCCUUGAUUAAUUUCAUUAGAAUUCUUAAGAGUAAAAUUGGCCUCUGCGGACAGACCUAUGUUAAUACGAAAGAAAAUUAUUCUGAAAACUGUACAAGUCAAUCUUGUUAACCUGCUCUGGGAAGGAGGGAGGUGUUUCUGUUUCCCUACAACCGACAUUUUGAUUAAAAGUUAUUGAGUGAAUUAAAUUACAGUGCAUGGAAAUGAAUAACUAUAGAAAUGAACAAGGGUUUUGUCAGAAAGAGCAAGGGCUGUAAUUCAGCUUGUAAUUAAAAGGAUUUGCAUUUUAAACAUGAUUUGACAGUUCAGCUGUUAUUCCAAUAAACUCAUGUAAAUGUCAAGAAUAAACUAGUAUUAAUUGGCUGGUAACUGGGCAGGCCUGUGAAAAGUAGGUGGCAGAUAUAGGAGACAGUCUCAACACAGGUGAAAGGCAAACGGGCAUGAGACAUCAUGAGACAUGGAGUAUGUGUCAGUAAACAAGGGGAAUUAAGACUAAGAGAGCUGAGUGGAGGGUGCUCGUGUAAUCUCAUUGUACACAAGUUGUACAAGUGACAUAAAGUAUUUCAAUUUCAAUUAGUUAUAAUUUCCUUUAAAAUUAAAAAGCAGCUGGUGUUUCCUGCUUCUCAUCUCAGAGAAUUUUCAACUGUACGUUCUUUGCCCUCAAUUAGAUUUAGGGACAGCACCUGUCUGCUCAUAGCAGCAGAGCUCUGGAGAAAACAUCACAAGGAUGCAAAACUUGAUUCUGCUACGUUUUCCUUACUUACAAGUAAUGUAAAGAACUCUGUCACAUUUUCUUUCCAGUGGAUUUCCCCCCUCC